UCCCUUCCACUUCCGGUCCUCCCCUUCCGGCCGUGACGCCGCAGCUCCGGGGGAGCCGCAGCCAUGGGGGGGGUGAAGCCCAUCGGGAAUGACGCGGAAUUCCAACCGGAAUUGGGCUCCAUUGGAUCCCGUUUGGCCGUCGUCAAGUUCACCAUGAGGGGCUGUGGCCCCUGUGUCCGGAUCGCGCCGGCCUUCAGCGCCCUCAGCACCAAGUACCCGCAGGCCGCGUUCCUGGAGGUGGAUGUGCACCAGUGCCAGGCCACAGCUGCCGCCCACAACAUCUCGGCCACGCCGACAUUCCUGUUCUUCCGGAACAAAGUCCGGAUCGACCAGUACCAGGGAGCGGAUCCCAUGGGAUUGGAGGAGAAGCUCAAGCUGCACCUGGAGCACGAGGCCGGCGAGGAGGCCGAUAUUCCCAAGGGAUACAUGGAUCUCCUGCCCUUCAUCAACAAGGCCGGCUGCGAGUGCCUCAAUGAGAGUGACCAGCAUGGCUUCGACAACUGCCUCCGGAGAGAUGCUUCCUACCUGGAAUCCGACUGCGACCAGCAGCUCCUCAUCACCGUCGCCUUCAGCCAACCCGUCAAGCUCUACUCCAUGAAAUUCCAAGGCCCGGACAACGGCCAAGGCCCCAAAUCCGUCAAGAUCUUCACUAAUCUCCCUCGAUCCAUGGAUUUUGAGGAAGCCGAACGGAGCGAACCCACCCAAUCCCUGGAAUUAAGCCGGGAUGAGAUCCGGGAAGACGGGAUCAUCCCGUUGCGCUACGUCAAGUUCCAGAACGUCAAUAGCGUGACCCUCUUUGUCCAGUCUAACCAUGGGGAUGAGGAGACCACCAGGAUUUCCUACUUCACCUUCAUUGGGACUCCAGUGCAGGCCACUAACAUGAAUGACUUCAAGAGGGUGGUGGGCAAGAAAGGAGAGAGCCACUGAGCCCAUUCCCGACGUCGGGAAUGCCGCGAGCCCAUCCCGCUAUUCCCAACGGAUUCCCGACAUUCCCAAUGUUCUCCCCCCCCCCUUGUGUGACUUGUAAAUAAAAUUCCAUGCCUUUUC